AAAAGUAAGCUAUUGUCAAAAUCCAAGUUUAGGAGAGUACAUCUACUCUGCCAAAAGAUGGAUUUGCAUGGACGUGUUCCAUCUGCAUUUGAAAGACGGCCUGUCCAGGCUCCGGGGUUGAUGCGUGAUGGCCCUUUUCGUGGGCCAGGUCCUGCUGGUCACCACCCUUUAGAGCCACUACCCCGACCGGAGCUCCUGGAAAAUAAGAUUUCAGCUCAAGCAGCUGAAAUGGAAAGGCUUGCAAGAGAAAACCAUAGACUGGCAGCAAGCAAUACGAACUUGAGAGAGGAGCUCCUUGCCACCCAGCAGGGAUUGCAGAGAGUGCAGGUUCAUAUUGGUAGUUUCCAAACUGAAAGUGAUAUCCAGGUCAAGGGAUUGUUGGAAAAGAUUGGAAAACUAGAGGCUGAUAUCCGUGCUGGUGAGAUGGUAAAGAAGGAAUUGCAACAAGCACACUUGGAGUUGCAGAGCCUAAUUGCUGCAAGACAAGAACUAGUCAUCAAAAUCCAGCGUACCACUGAAGAACUCCAGAAAGCCUCCACAGAAAUCAAAAAGUUGCCUGAGAUGCAUGCUGAGCUGGAUGGGUUAAGACAGGAACAUCAGAAAUUACGUGCUGCUUUUGAGUAUGAAAAAGGUGCAAACAUGGAGCAAGUUGAGCAGAUGCGGGCAAUGGACAAGAACCUGAUAUCAAUGGCUCGGGAAGUUGAAAAGCUACGAGCUGAGGUGCUAAAUGCUGAGAAAAGAGCACAUGCACCGAACUCGUAUGGAGUAAUAUAUGGUAAUCCACAUCCUGUCAAUCCAUCUGCAGGACAGGGUAGUGGAUACCCAGAACAUGAUUAUAGACAAGGUGGUGUCUAUGCAGACACUGUUUACAGCCAUGGUGGUGGCUAUCCAAAUGCUGGCAUUGGACCUGGCGGUCCUGGCAGCUAUUCUGAAGCAUAUGGAAGAACUCAGGCUCCAAUCACUGGUGGGGCAGCAGGAGAGCUAUAUAAUGCAUAUGGUGGUGUGAGUGGUGCUGGGAAUUCAGAUGGUUAUGGGAGCAUGCAGAUCCCAAUGAUUGGUGGGACAGUAGCGAGAAUGGGAACGGAUUCCUCUGGUCGUGUUAACACAGUUGGUUAUGAUGCUGCAAGAGGAGGUGCGACAUCUACUCAAAGGUAAAGCUUGAGCAUCUGCUCUGUGGAGAAUACCAGGAGAUGAUGGCUCGUGGUCCUUCUGAAGGGGGGAAUCUGAAUCCUAAGCUACAGGACCCCUUUCUUUCUAUCAGUUUCUUUCAAGAAAGGAAGUAGGACUAGGAUGGGGGAUGGCGAUAUGUGAUAUAGUGAAUAUGUAUUCUUGUAUUUUUGUAUGGUAGCCAUCCAUGCCUCAUAAAUUUGGAGAUUUGAGAAAGUCAAUCCUCAAGCAGGGCCAAGAUACAAAACGUUACAUGAGACCAGUUGCUCGAGAUGGACAUUGUAUUAUUGGCCAAGGAUGAUGGAUGAUAUCAAAGUAUAUGGUUGGACACCCUUGUAUGCCAGCAGGACAAAGUCGAGCAAGCAAAGCUCUAUUGUGGCUAGUACUUGAUGCAUAAAUGGAGCAAGCCUUGCAUCAUCCAAAUCUUUGUUGCUUUUGUUAUCUUUUUGUUAUAUUGAGUUCUUCAAGUAGGGGAGGUUGUGACUUGAAUUCUGGAAUGUGGGAGGUCCAUAGAGUGGCAGUACAUAGAUGAGUGCUUGUGCCUUUAUCUUGUAAAUGAAUACACAAAACACCUGCAU